AUGAGUACCGGCAGGCUCUACAUGGGGCACACUCGCUUCGCUACGAGUUCGAAGGCCACUCUCGAAGGGACGCACCCCCAUCAGUGGACGCCUCCUGAAAAACACGAGGUUUACUUGGGCUGGACCUCUGGGAAGCUGCGAAAGAGCAAAGUGAACCUGGAGAUUUUCAUUACCCACAACGGCGACCUGGACUUCUUUGAUGUGGGAGACAGGACCUAUGAUUUGUCGGACAUCCAAUCCUGGCUGGAGCGUGCCACGGGACAGAAGAGGCCCGCGGACGUGGACUCGGCGGCCAUCGCCGGGCUCAUGGAUUUGCUCCGAACCCAGGGCUGCCUGACGCGCAGCGUGCGCUACGGCUUCCUCUUCGUCAAAGCGACAACUCAGGACUCUCUCGACUACGAGGUUCCCUGCAAAGUGAUGGAGCAGGUGGCUGCGGUGCUGGAGACAGUGCUUCAGAAGUUCGAUGUCGAGCAGCAAUCUGUCGCCCAGCUGAACGAGCAGCGAGGGGCUCUGCAGGAGGCCUCCCUGAAAGCCCUUCGAGAAAGCAAGCAUAGCAAGCUUGUGGCUGGCUUUUGUGACGACGAGACAGAGCUGCAGAGCAUGAUCUACAUGGCCAUCGAUGCUUUCUUCGACAACGACUUGUUGCGAGCCAUGGAGCUCUUCAUGGAAAGGGCCAAAGGCUCCUUCGGGCUCUGCAUCACCUCCUCCUUGGAUGCGCAGAAGCAGAUCGUCAUGGCCGCACGUGGCCAGAGCAUGGCCGUCGCCUUCUACCCGGAAGCUGGGCUCCUCCUCUACGGCUCCGAGGCAGCCGCGGUGAAGGCCGGCCUCGGGCUCUCGGCGGCCAAGGCGGCGAAGCCCCUCUCGUCGGGACUCUCGAGGCUCAACAGCAAGGAUGACUCUGACAGCUCUGACAGCUCCAUCAGCUCCCUGGAGGAUGGGCAUCCAAAGCCUGCUUUCUCCACUGGACCUGCCAUGCGUCUUGAUUUGGAUGACUUUGCCGGCGAGAUUUGCCUCUUGGACUGGAGCGGCGGGGUGCCUUACGCAUCCUUCGCCCACCGGAAGUUGCAGCCACAAGCCAUGAGCGAAGUUCUUACGCUGACCUCCGUGCGCGGAGGCUUGAUGCAGACGCGCCUCCAGAAGCGCUUGGUGGCCAUUGAAGACAAUCCGCUCGUGAUGCCUCUCCCGGAUACUCGUAGCUGUGGAGAUCCAGUGGCUAAAGACAUUCGGGACAUCCCCUCUGCUUUGGAGAAGAUCCAGAAGGAUUGGGACACCGGCGAGGGCUUGAACCGGAUAACGGCAUGGACUUUGACGAGGGCUCUGCACCGAAGGCUCCGGGAGAAGGCAAAUGGCAAAGUCGCGGGAGACGCUGUGGAUCUCCUGAUCACCGGCUGUGAGGUGAGCUUGUGGCUGGGUGAACAGCUUGCAGCAGACCUAUCCCUGUGCUUCCAGCACCUUGUCGUGAAGUGUAUUUCCAGCAACAAGAUACUCGGACACUACGGUCAAGAAUACACGAUGGCACAGACAGGGCACAUCUGCGAUUCUUGGGACCUUUCUGGCUGCGUCGCCCUGCUUUUGAGCCACAGCGGUGGCACCUUCGCCACACUGAAUGUCUCAAACCUCCUGCAGGCCUUCACGACCAACAUCUUCGUGGUUACCUCCGAGUGGGACACGCAGAUCGGGAAGCAGCUUCGGCAGCUGCAGAACAGCUUCUGCAGCCGCAUCUUCAGCGAGGACAUCGGCCUGCGUCCGGCUGAGGCCUGCUCCGUCUCCGUGGCCGCCAUGCAACAGAUGCUCACGCAGAUCUUGCUCCACCUGGCGCAAGGCCUGCUGAAAGACCCCAGCUUGAGCCAACAGGUCGGCACCAAGGUGACGCAUUCGGAUCUGGCCGAGCUGAGUCGCAUGAACCGCAUGAACAUUGAUGCCUUGCGGGAGCUGGUGGAGCCGAAGAUGGAGACGUGCCGGGCGCUGCGCCGCAGGGGCCGGCACUGGGCACAGCACGUGCUGGAGGUGCCGCGGGCUUGGAUUUUGUGCGCCUUCUACAUCGCUGUCACCGUGACCUUGGGCAGACCUCCUGUGAUGCACACCGCGAAAUCCACCGGCUUGGUGGAAGCGGGCUCCCCUGCAUACCACAUGACGCUUGCCUUCGAUGCUCUGCUGUACAUCUUCCUGCCACAGCUUGCGAUUCUGAUGAUUCGCUUGGUGCAGCGACGGCCGCUGCUGCAUCGCAUGGGAGGCCGUACGCUGGUGAUCGGAGAUGUGCCUUGGGUGGCCCAGGCCGCCGAGGCCUUCCUUUCGAAACUGAUGGCCUGCUCCUACUCCGCCACGGCUCUCACCGUCUUCUCGGCGAACCCUGGUGACCACCUGGUCCAUCGCAUGACCCACCGCGUGGUGCGCGGCACCUUGCUGGCCUGUGGCUGCCCCGAUGGCCGCUUGGUGGCUUUGAGCAACAGCGCACAGGCGGUCUACUUGGCCGUGAACCAGGCGAGUUCCAUCCAGUCCAUGGGCUCUGGCUGCGAGAGUUUGACCAUCGGCCACAGCCCUUUCAAGCUGCCACUCGCAGCGCACGCCGUGACCCUGAAAACCAAACGGCCCUUGUACCUUUACGAGUUCCUGAAGCAGCAGGACGUGGUGAGAAGCGCCAGUGGCGAACUCGGGGAUUUCAAUAACUUGAAGACGGAGUUGAAAAGGAGGAGCUCAGAAACCGAGCUUCAGGUUCCCGAGUGGAUGGAGAAGAUCCAGCACAAGAAGCGGCUUCUGGAAUCCUCGGCCCUGAAGGAGCAGGAUCUAAAGAACUUCAUGGAGAGUCUGGGGGUAGAGCACACCCAGCACAUCACCUUCGAGCAAUUCGAGAAGGGCUACCGUCUACUCCAUGAGGACAAGCUGAGCAAGGACCAGCUCCAGAGGGCCUUCAACCACUUCGGCGCGGAGGAGGGGGGCAUCUACCCAGUGGACUGCAAGGCACUCCUCCGCAUGCCCUUUGUAGAAAUGCUCUCCUUGGCCCAGGCCAUGCAGGGCCAGGCUCGCCCGAGCCAAAUCCGGGAGUCCAGUGAGGAGGUCUUCGGCGAGGCCUUAUUGCAGCUUGCUGACCCCUCCGAUCAUGUGCAGAUCGUCCAGUCACAAUUCCUCUCCAUGCAGCUCUAUGAGAGCCGCAUCGCCACACUUCAACGUGCGGUGUCCUUCUUCGUGAUGUUCCACGAAAUGGCUGGGACGAUCGCGGAGUUUUGGCCACUGGUGAGCCUCGGCUUCCUGCGCUACCACAUGCACCGAACGCAGUCCAUCAUGCGGAUUGCCACCACCGCGUCCCCCAUCUCCGGCGCUGAUGUAAGGCAGCAAAUGCUCGAGCUGAGGUCUGCCAAGGAAUUCAAUCAUUUAGUGGGGAACGUGAACAAAAUGGUCUCCCGCUGGCGUGCACGCAAGAUGCAGUGA